AUGGCAUCAAUAAGGGGCUUACCGAUACAAGAUUAUGGAUGCUAUGCUGUCACAUAUCCUCUUCUUCAACUACACAAAAACCAACCACAGCUCUUUCAGAAACUUGUCGACUUGAUCGCCAACUCUCUUGAAGAUGACUAUUGCCUCAGCUUAGAUUCAUUCCCAACGAGCCAACACAAAGAAACUACUCGUCAGAGAGAACAACGAAACAUCAUGAUACAAGAAUGGCAAGGAGAUUUUGAGCGGCUAGGCGUGGACUGGCCAGUUAGGGAGGCAAUGAAGAUCAAUAUACUUGAUUCUUUAUUUUAUUCGAUAUGGAACAUUCAUUGGCGUUAUCCGAUAUCUACCUCAGCUACACAAGCUUCCCCUGUGACGAAUAGUGUACAGCUAGUAGGUGACAAGGGCAGCAGACAGGUAUUUGGGAAUAUUCAGCCAGCAGAGAUCUUGGAAUAUGCUCUUUCAAAGAUUAGAGAACUACAAGCUGCUAGAUAUAGCAAACUUCUAGCUUCUCGAGACGACUGGGUUACGUUAUUAAGUAUCUAUAUACAAAGCUCUGUUUGGCAAUUAUGCCAAAAGCCGCAUAUCUCACGUCAAGACCUUAUCAAUAUUGGAGGAGAUCUCGAUUGUCACCGACCUGCUAUCUAUCUUCAUAUCAUAUGGCAUCCUGAUGACGACAAUGAAGAAUUCUUUUUAUAUGUUGGUCAGAGCAUUGAUCUUAAAACCCGGCUAAAGGAUCACAUGAAUCCCUUAAAUAGAAAUAAACACCCUAGCCUUCACUACCACGCUUGGGAUGCACGCCCUGGGAAUCUCUCAGCAUUUGUUGUCCUUGCCUAUCUGGACGAUAUUAGAGCAAACAAUUCUUCUAUAGGCACCAAAGAUGAUCUGCUUAAGAUGAAUAUCAUAGAACUUUGGGGGACACUUAUAUUUCAAACCUUGCCGAAACGAGAACUUGAAAAAUACUUAAAUCCAACAACAAUUAUUGGGAGACAACAUCUUAAUGUUUUUAAUCCUUUAUGGCAGGGGGUUUCUAACUUAGAUGACGUGUUUCCUAAUCUUUCUAGGAAAGAAAGGUUUACUACACUACUACAUGGAGCAGACGAUAUUACACGUUCGUAUUAUUAUUCUCUUAGAGAUGAGUUUUUUAAACUUAAAAACUCGCCAAAUCCUACUUUAAGAGCAUACUACAACGCAGUACGAGAGCUGCCGUUAGCAGCCUUAGCAGAUGCCAGUGCUAAAAGGGCUGCACGAGUACUCGAGGACCUAAUGUAUCCUGCAAGACGAUUUUGCCUAAGGAUUACAGGAUUAAGUUUGAGUCGGCCUUUUACAUAUUUUGUACAAGCUGGAGGCGACAUAACUACUCAAGAGAUCAACGCUCUCGUUGAUCUACUAGAUGGACAUAAGAAAGAGGACAUCAUUAAUCGACCACGUCGCCUACUUCCGUGGCGAUUCGACAUAGAGAGCGUUCGGCCGAAGAAGGUUGCCUAA